AUGGCCCAGCUCAAUGGCACUUUGAUGCCGUUUCUUUACCCGUGUCUGCUAUUCAACUCGGGUGCCAAUUUCGCUUCUAGAGGUGCGCUGAGAGCUUCACGAGGCUUUCGACACUUUCGACUGUCAUCUACUCUUCAUGUGAAUAAUGAUAUAAGUACUCCCGAACCAACGCCCCAGUCCUCCGACGGCAAUGACCCCGAUCUCGAAAAGAAGACCCGUCUGAACCCUGCGCCAUCCGACUACGGACGAUCGGUUUUCCAAGAUCGAUGCUCUCUUACAGUUCAUACUGGCUCUGGUGGAGCAGGGUGUGUUGCGUUCUUACGUCUGAAAUAUCUUGAGCACGGUCCUGCGAAUGGAGGUGAUGGAGGGACUGGAGGCAACAUCCUGAUACAGGCCGUCGAGGGCCAGACAAGCUUACACAAACUUGCGAGAAGAGGCGUGAUAAAGGCAGGUCGAGGUCGAAAUGGAAGGGGAAAAUCUCAGGGAGGCGUACGAGGGGAAGACGUCCUGCUACAGGUUCCCGUUGGAACCGUGGUGCGCGAGGUGGAGAGGUUCGAUCCUGUGGCAGAAAAGGAAAAGGAGCUGAAAGACCUUACCCGCGAACUGGGCAGUAGGACAAAGGCACUACAGGCUAUAAACGCGCGGAGAGACCAGUGGGUGUUAUACCCAGGUUCGCAGCCUUCUGAUUACUUCGCAACGGAUUUCCCUGAGCUUGGUCCGCCGAGAAGACCCGACCUUGCAGCCGUACAGCCUGCCGCGCCAAUAUACCUCGAUCUUUCAAGACAUAUGGACACACCGAUUGUACUUGCGGCAGGUGCUGUUGGUGGUCUAGGAAAUCCACAUUUCGUGUCGAAAUCUAUUGGCAGACCUACGUUUGCUACAAAGGCCGAACAGGGGAUGAGGCUGGAGCUCGAGUUGGAACUUAAAUUGCUCGCAGACGUGGGAUUGGUUGGCCUGCCAAAUGCCGGGAAGAGUACUCUACUACGUUCGAUCACCAAUAGCCGGACACGCGUGGGGAACUGGGCGUUCACUACGCUUUCACCUAAUAUUGGCACGGUCGUACUAGACGAUUAUUCCCAGCGGCAGGCUAGCCUGGCAACUCCGGGAAGAACCCCACGUCCUCGGUUUACAAUUGCCGACAUACCUGGUCUAAUUGAAAAUGCGCACCAGGACAAAGGCCUUGGGUUGGGAUUUUUGAGACACAUCGAACGCGCUGGAAUCCUUGCAUUUGUAGUAGACCUUAGCGCGGGAGAUGCUGUCAAGGCACUCAAAGGCCUAUGGAACGAGCUUGGCGAAUACCAGGUUAUGCGAGACCGUGAAUUGAACCUGGAUACCGAAUCUCAACUUUCGCCGUGGACUCCAGUUACAGAUGAUCUCGACGAACCUCGCGUGAACGAAUGGACGGGAGAUGAUCGCCAUGCAACCUCGUCACCUUCGCUCACCUCGCAAGGCAAAGAGUCAUCACUUGAACCCCUUGUAUACGCCAGUCAUAAUAUCUACUCGAAGCCAUGGUUCGUUAUCGGAACCAAAGCCGAUUUACCAGGUACUCAAGAGAACUUCGCAGCUCUAAAGGAAUAUCUCGGCGAAGUUGAGAAAGGUGCUAUUGAACAUCCUUCGAAUCGGGCUGAUGCCUGGCGGAGCCGCAUAUUCUCCAUCCCAAUAAGCGCAAUCAAUGCUGAAGGGGUGAAAGUUAUCCCCGAGAGAAUUGUCCAGCUCAUGGACGGUGCAUAUUAA